AUGCAAGUGUAUUUGAGAACGAACAUCGACUAUGAUCCCAAGAUGGAGGUCGAGCUGAUUGAAGCGGUCAAGCAGCAGAUCAACGCGUAUGGCCUGCAAAAGACAAAAAUCGUGUGGAAGAUCAAGAAGAUUGGCGGGGCGUUCAUGCUCAUUUUCGAAAGCGACGACGCCGAGCUGGGAUGUACGCAAGUGGAGGGCUACAUUCGAGAGUCAGCCUUGCAGCUCGAUAUGUUGGAAGAUGCGGUCAUCCGAUGCGGCCAUGGCUCAAACGAAGUGCGUGUAAUCGAUUUU